UUCACGGUGACUGUUCGGGACUGAGUUGAAGACGAUCGAUAACUUCCGUGUUACUUUUUGACCCUUGCGGAGAAACACGGAGACGCCGCAGUCUGCACAGCAAGUCGAGCGCCGCUGAGUCGCUCACGGAGGAUUUAACCGAUCAUGGAGAUUUCAUUUGUGGGCAAACGAGCUCUGGUUACCGGAGCGGGUAAAGGGAUCGGCAGGGCCACGGCUCUGGCUCUGGCACGCUGUGGGGCAAAGGUCACAGCGGUCACGCGCACGCAAGCCGACCUCAGCAGUCUGGUGCAGGAGUGUGCGUCCAUCAUCCCGGUGUGUGUAGACUUGGCCGACUGGGGGGCCACGGAGGCGGCUCUGCUGGACGUCGGUCCGAUCGACCUGCUGGUGAAUAAUGCGGCCUAUGCCAGUCUGCAGCCGUUUCUGGAGGUCACGCCCGACCAGUUUGACGAGUCAUUCAGUGUCAAUGUGAAAGCUGUGCUACAUGUCUCCCAGAUAGUUGCCCGGGGUAUGAAGGCAACGGGGUCAGGAGGCGCCAUUGUUAAUGUGUCCAGCCAGGCCUCCCAGUGCGCCCUCAGAGACCACACCGUCUACUGUGCCACCAAAGGAGCAUUGGAUAUGAUGACUAAAGUAAUGGCACUAGAGCUGGGACCCCACCAGAUCCGUGUGAACAGUGUGAACCCCACGGUGGUGAUGACUGAUAUGGGUCGCCUGGGCUGGAGCGACCCCGACAAAGCCGAGACCAUGCUGUCCCGCAUCCCCCUGGGCCGCUUCGCAGAGGUGGAGGACGUGGUGAACACCAUCUUAUUCCUGCUGAGUGAUAAGAGCAACAUGACGAGUGGGGUCACUCUGCUGGUGGACGGGGGAUUCCUGGCCUGCUGAGCAACAUAAGAGGGAAAUCAAGUUGGGAACCAGUGACAAUUAGAUCAAUUUGUUGUGUGUAACUUGUUAUCCUUAGCUGGAGCUGAGGAACAUCCCAGCUAACAGUUACAAUGUGCUUGAUUCAUUUGAAAAGUAGCAAGUCAUCAUUAGGACUAGCUGGCGGCCGCUAAAAAUAACAACUUUCUGGAUUAAUCAAUUAAGUUCAAUUAAUUGAUGUUGUACUUCAUUAAAUAUGUCUUUGGUAAAUUGA